CACUUUACUCACUCACACUCACACUCACACUCACACUCACACUCACACAAGGAGGUCGCAGAUUCACACUUCACACUACACUGUAUUCCGAAAGAAAUGACAAGUACACCGGUGAAAGUGUACGGACCACCGCUUUCAACGGCGGUGUCAAGGGUGUUGGCAUGUCUUUUGGAAAAACAAGUCCAUUUUGAGCUCAUCAAUGUCAACAUGUCUAAAGGAGAACACAAGUCUCCUGAUUACCUCAAAAUUCAGCCUUUUGGUCAAGUUCCUGCUUUCCAAGAUGACAACUUUACCCUUUUUGAGUCAAGAGCAAUAUGCCGUUACAUAUCAGAGAAAUAUGCAAGCCAAGGAAACAUAAAACUAUAUGGGAUAAAUCCACUGGAGAAAGCAUCAAUAGAACAGUGGAUAGAGGCAGAGAGCCAAAGCUUCAAUCCUCCAUCAGGAAGCCUGGUAUUUCAGUUAGCUUUUGCUCCUCGCAUGAACAUCAAACAAGACGAAGGGCUGAUCAAACAGAGCAAAGAAAAGCUAGCAAAAGUGCUUGAUGUCUAUGACAGAAGACUAGGGGAGAGCCGUUACUUGGCUGGGGAUGAUUUUACCUUAGCUGAUCUCUCUCACUUGCCUAACGCACAGUAUUUGGUGAAUGGUACUGAUGUUGGUGAGCUGUUCACGUCGAGAGAUAAUGUUGGUAGAUGGUGGGAGGAGAUUUCAAGCAGGGAGUCAUGGAAGAAGGUUGUUGAAAUGCAAAGCUCUUCCUUUCCUAAAAGUUAGAAAGUAAACCCAUGACAUCUUAAUGGUUCCCCUGAAACUAAGUGGUUUAUAGUUUGAUUUUAUGUGAGAAGGCAGUUUUCAUUUGAAUCAAAAGGACUGCUGAUUAUCUGAAGCAGUUCCUGCUUUGCUAAACAUUUCCCUCCCAAACUUAAAACCUCGAGCUGUUAAUUCCUGAUUAAUUAAUGUGGAUUGAGAUUCUUUUUUUUAUUUA